AGUCUGGCGGAGCUCGAGGCGGUGGCGCCAUGGAGUCACUGGAAGCAAAUGGAAGUGUCCAAGUUGGAGAAUUGUUACCUUGCAAGAUUUGUGGAAGAACAUUCUUUCCAGUGGCAUUAAAAAAACAUGGACCUAUUUGCCAGAAAACUGCCACUAAAAAACGGAAGACUUUUGAUUCAAGCAGACAAAGAGCUGAAGGAACUGAUAUUCCAACAGUAAAACCUCUUAAACCUAGGCCUGAACCACCAAAGAAGCCAUCUAAUUGGAGAAGAAAGCAUGAAGAGUUCAUAGCCACCAUAAGAGCAGCUAAAGGCCUUGGUCAGGCCCUUAAAGAGGGUGGCAAACUUCCUCCCCCUCCUCCACCUUCUUACGAUCCUGAUUAUAUUCAGUGUCCGUAUUGCCAGAGGAGAUUUAAUGAAAAUGCAGCUGAUAGACAUAUAAAUUUCUGUAAAGAACAGGCAGCACGUAUUAGUAAUAAAGGCAAAUUUUCUACUGAUACCAAAGGAAAAUCGACUUCUCGGACACAGUAUAAGCCUCCUGCACUUAAAAAGUCAAAUUCUCCUGGAACCACCUCAUCAGGAUCUUCACGAUUACCACAACCAAGUGGCACUAGCAAAACUGUUGUAGGUGUUCCUUCAGGUAAAGUGUCUUCAGUUAGCAGCUCUUUGGGAAACAAACUUCAGACCUUGUCUCCCUCCCAUAAAGGGAUAGCAGUCCCUCAUGUAGGAGCUAACAUCAAACCUCGAAAUUCCACACCACCUAGUUUGGCUAGGAAUCCUGCCUCAAGUAUGCUCGCAAGCAGAAGAAAAACAUAUACUGAGAGCUACGUGGCCAGGCCAGAUGGAGACUAUGUCUCUUCACUUAAUGGCGGAAACAUUAAAGGCAUUGAAGGAAAUUCAGUGGUACACUUACCAAAAUUCUGCCAUGAGUGUGGGACUAAAUACCCUGUAGAAUGGGCAAAGUUCUGCUGUGAAUGUGGCGUUCGAAGAAUGGUUCUGUGAACAGAAUCCAAAAAGAAAAAGAGCUAAGUCCAGAAUUUUAUGACUGUUGCUGCUUGGACAUCUAGAGCACUUCCUCUAGUGAUUUUGUGCUAAAAUCAUUCAUAAUACUUUUUUCAACAGUUUUUGGAGCAUAGUCCUUUGGCUGUGUAAUGUGUGUGUGUAUAUAUGUGUGUGUACAUAUACUGUAUAUAAUAAAUACCUGACAACCUAAACUGUGCCAUACAAGGAGAUAUUCACUUAUCAGUCAGAAAAUAAUUUCAAGUGGAAUCAUUAACUUAGGUAUUACUUUUCUGUUGUUGUUAAAGCACAUUAAGCAUACCUUCACAAACUCUCAAACACUAGUGCUUAGCCCUUUAAGCUUUAGGAUGAUCAUUACUUUGAGCAAAAAAUCAGAAUAAACAUUUUUAUUAUUGGUGCCUAUUUUCAGAUAGUAUCAUUUAGGAUGGGAUGCUUGGAAUUUUGGAACUGAAGAGAAUAUUUUUAGUUACAGUUAGUUAGGUGAGGUCAUUUUCCUGUAGAGCUCUUUAAUAAUUAAUUUUAUGAAUAUUUUUUAAAAAGAGAGGGGAAAAAACCCCUAUGGUCUCUGUUGCCCUUUACUCGGUGUAUUAUUGAUUAUAUAAUUUAGAGAUCUUUACUCAAUUCUUUAAAAUGUAAUUAUGCAAUUUUUGUUUUCAGAGACACAAGGCUGAAAAUACAGAUGUAUCUUAUUCUAGUUAUAGCUGAAUGAUUUUUUAACUUAGUGUGUAUUAGUUGAACAUAUAUUCUUGCUACUGCUAAUUGUCUUCAAAUUUCACUUUUUUCCUUUCUUUUCCAUGAACAUGUCUGAACAGUAGUUUUAAUUUGCUACUUCAUUUUUGCAAAGUUUGCAUAUUAAUUAUUUAAUAGAAGAUGCAAAAAAUUCCUUGCAAAAUCUUGCAUUUAUAUCUAUGUACUUGAUUUAGAAGAAAUCAUAUUAAUGGAUUUUAAAACAAACCAUCUCACCUAAUAGACAGUAACUUCAAUAAUUAAUCAUUAGUGCAGGGCAUGCAGGUUUAAACGGAUUUGAAUUUUAGUCACUUGAAGUGUAGUUAUAUGUAGUUAUGGGUAGGUUAAGAGAACAUCUAAUUUUUCCUACUCAUAUUUCCUUUCUAGUGUUUAGCACUGAAUCACCAUUCACAUCACAAUAAAAAGCCACUGAAAAUGCAUUGCUUUAAUGGAUAGCUGAUUUAUUAUGUAAUUAAACAUUCACAAAAAUGUAAUUAUACUUCCUCUUUAACUUUGACUAAAAUACCGCUUUUAAUCAUUGUCACUUUCAGUGUAACAUAGUAUUUAGUA